AUGACACAAGAAGUUUAUAUGAUAGAAAUAAGUUUCCAGGACCCUAGACAUGGACAGAAACAGUUUUGUGCUAAAGCUUCAGACAAAUUAGCUUCAAUAGAACAAUGCACAAUAAUACAUGUUAAACCUAAAGAUCCAUGUAUCUCCUCUCCUUGUAAGAACAGAGGUGAAUGUAUUGCAAAGAAAGACGGAACUGCGCAAUGUUUUUGUAAACAUGGUGCCACAGGAGAGAGAUGUCAAAAUAGUCCUGAUCCUUGUUAUGAUAAAGACUUCUGUAAAAAUGGAGGAACAUGUGAUUAUGGUUAUUGUAUAUGUCCUCCAGAAGUAACUGGAAUGAACUGUGAAAAUGUUUUCAGUAGCUGUGACCAGAAUGUUUGCCCGGGACAUGGUAUGUGUAUAGAUACGCCUGGAGGAAAACAAGACCACGAAUGUCUAUGUACAAACUUAUUUACAGGUCAACAGUGUGCAACUAACCCAUUUCCAUUUAUUGAUUGUAUUAUAACUCCAAAUGAUCCGAAAUGUGUUAGUUGUAACAUGUCGCAUAAUCCUUGCAACACAGGGGAAUGUAAAAUACGUAAUGGCAGUCAUACAUGUAUUUGUCCAGAAGGUUUUGUUGGAAAAGAUUGCCAGACAGCAAUUGAUGUUACCAGAGCAAAUUUAAAUUCCAAGUUUAUAUCACCAACAUUGGCACCAGGGUCAGUCAUUACUUGUGAUCCUUUAUCUGGUGUAACUGGAACAGGUGUAACUGAUAAUUGCGAAUUUCCAGUACAUGUGUUUUGGAAUGGUGCUCAUCACAGUUCGAAACCUGUUAUAGAAGGAACAUCCAUUUCUAAGGAUAUGAAAAUAGAUAGACAUUCUGUAAUGUUGCUGAAAAAUCUUAAUACAACAAAUACAGCUGGAUUUGACAAGACACUGACAGCUAUAGUUCAACUAAUAAAUCCAGAUAGCAAGAUGUUUCAAAUAGGCAUGCAUGUUGUUUGUUUGUUUGUUAAACAAGGAACAGUUCAAACAGACUAUAGAUGCUUCAGAAUAAAUGUAGAAUUUGAUGUGCUUAAGUUACGCAAAAGAUUAACUAAGAGUGACGGACGAUUGUUUGAAAGUCCCACACUACCAGGAGGUUCUGAAAUUGUUUGCGUAAAAGACAAGUUUUGUCAUAUUAACCUAUACACAGCAUACAAAUCAUCACCAAACUGUUUACCACCUGUGUUUCAAAGUGAUGCACCCUGUACAGUGUUUGGACCUAAAGAAACAGAAUUUUACAUGAGUGGUGUUGGUACAGUUUGUCAUUCUGAUAUUGCUUACAGUACAGGAGGCUUAGCAGUUGGGACAACAAAGGAUAUUUGUUUUCAGGCAACUCAAGACGGAGAGAGCAGAUGUUUUCUGUUGCAUAUAAUUGCCGAAAGUAAAGACUUUGUGACAAGAUCCAUGUUCAUCCAAUCCAUGUCAGAAUGA